AGAUCCGGAAGCGUUACGGUAGCCAAUUCUACUCAGCUGAUUCCACACCUAUCACUUAUUUCACCUCAGGAGAGCCAACCCUCUGUCCUAUUCGUUGCGGUGCUCAGGCUAAACUCUCUCUUGUCCACUUUUUUCUCUUUCAGAAAUUUCAUGUUCUCGAAUGUGAAUGUCCAAGAUGUGUGGAAUGAAUACUGGCAAAAACAACUCAACCUAACAGGCUCGCCAUUCAAUUCGUUGGUGAUCCGACCGGAAACCGCCGAGGGACCAAGUGGCUCGUCUCGAAGCUCGAACAGCAAGCCAGAAGCGGGCAGCUUCGCCGCCCAAAGCUAUCCCGAUUGUGAAUACGGCCAUGCGCAAAACGUGAGAACUCUCAAUCUUCUCAGGAUUGGAAUGGAGGAGCUGGAAAGCGAUUUUGAGGUUACAUCUCGCAGAUUUCUAUUCGAAAUGAAGUUGUGA